UCUCUUCAUGUUAUUUAUGCGUUUAUAAUUAUAAAAAAAAAAAACCAUGACUAACUUUUCAAACUCUAUGGGAAAACCUUUCCUUAUCUUCAUCAACAAAGCAAUAAAAUUCUCAAAACCUUGUUUAUUUUCUUCCUACUCUUUUCUAUAACUUCACUCUUCACUUCAAAGUUUGUAUCUUUUUGUUCUCUUUAUGUUCUUUUUUGGUUUAGCAAUAAUGGGUUUGGUUGAAAAGAGUCCAAAGAUUAAUCUUCAUUUGCAUAGACAUCAUCUUCAACAUAAGCAUGAGUUCAAAGGUGUUCCAAAAGGUUUUAUGGCAAUAAAAGUUGGUUUAGGAGAAGAACAACAAAGGUUUGUUGUUCCUGUUUUGUACUUCAAUCACCCUCUUUUCAUUCAACUAUUGAAAGAGGCUGAAGAAGAAUAUGGAUUUGAUCAAAAAGGAACAAUUACUAUUCCUUGUCAUGUUGAAGAAUUCACAAAAGUUCGUGGUUUGAUUGAUAGAGACAAGAAUCUUCAUCAACAUGUUGGAUGUUUUGGUUUAUGAUUUUUUAUGUUAUCAAAAACCACAAAAAAAAUUAUCUUUAUGUUGAGUCUUGACCCUAAAAUCAUGGGUUCAUGUUUCUAAUGAUUUGGUCAUGUAAAUUUCUAGUUUUUAGAUUUCUUUUUUGUUUUGAUUUUAAAAAGUAUAAACUUUUAGUUAGUUUUUUCUAUUUUAGGGUGAAGACCACAGAAUGUUGGUUUUAUGAUUGUAGUUACUUUUCCUUUUAAUUUGAUAGGAAAUUUAAUGAAAAGUAACCAGGAUUUUCUA